AUGGGAUCAGAAACAGCUGGGUCCGCGGUAAGGUUCUUCGAACGUAUCCUGGAAAAGAUGGAAGAGUGCGUGCUGCUGACGUGCAAACCAGCGGUGGAGUACUACAGCGGCCGGCAUCAAAGUUGGCGGUUCUGGAUAACGCCGGAAAUGCUUAAAGCUAAUCCAACAGCACAUCUGGAGUUGCUAAAUAGAGUUCCGAAAACUUCUACUGUCCAAAUUCACCCGCCAGCUAACACCCUCGAAGAAGCUGUCCAGUUGGCGGUAGAAGUUCGUGAGGUCCACAGCAAAGCCGGAUUUGAAAUCCGGAACUGGCACUCCAACGCUCAGCAAAUCCUUGAACGGGUCGGGGCUGAAAACAGUCAAGAAACGUUUCAAACGACAAAGAGCUUCACCGCAGAAAAGUCGACGAUGGCCGAACGUGGCCUCGGCAUGUUGUGGGAACCGAACCAGGACUUAAACGAGUUGAAUGCAGGAGUUAUCGGCGUUCGGCUUAUGAGAAGCGUCUUGGAGAACCAUUCGCUGGAGAUUACAAAGCGGUAUUUUCACACUGAUUCGACUGUUCUUCUGGCAUGGUUACGUGCCGACCCACGUAAGUACCGUCCCUACGUGCAGUUCAGAACUACGGAAAUCCUAGCCGAAACAUCCGUGGAAGAAUGGCGCUGGGUUCCCACCCGGCUAAAUAUUGCAGACGAGGCAACCAAGUGGGGCAGCGGUCCCAGCUUCGACGUACAAAGCAAAUGGUACAGUGGACCAGAUUUCCUUUGGAAACCAGAAUGUGAAUGGCCUGUGAAAAAACCUAUUGUGGGUGAACCAACGGACGAAUUGAGAAGGAUGAACGUACACCAGGAUAUGACGAAGGAUACGGUAAUACAUUUCAAUAAGUUCUCGCGCUGGGAGGAUGUCGUCAAAUCCUUAGCUUACUUAUACCAUUUCGUUAACCGUUGCUCGGCAAAACAACGUGUUCCAACUAAAUCUCGCAUAACAAUGUUGACGCAUCAAGACUACGUGUCGGCUGAACAAGGGUUGUGGCGGAUUGUCCAAGCUCAGGCUUUCGAGGAGGAAAUAGCAGCAUUGAAAAAUGUCAAAUCACCAACCAAAACUGGUCGCCUAGUUAAGUCCAGCCCAUUGGCCAAACUAUCAGCUUUCCUCGACGAACAAGGACUAUUGAGAAUGGAGAGCAGAAUCGACCCGAAGGCGGCGUAUUACCCAUACAAUUUUCGGAAUCCAAUAAUUCUGCCCAAAUGUCACCGUGUCACCGAGUUGCUGAUACUGCGUUUCCAUGCUAAAUACGGUCAUGCCAAUACGGAGACCGUUGUGAACGAGCUGAGACAACUCUACUAUAUCGCCAAGGUUCGAUCAGUGGUGAAGAGGGUCAUCAAAGAGUGCAUGUGGUGCCGAAUAUACAAGGCCAAACCUCAAGCACCCAGAAUGGCGCCAUUGCCGCAGCCGCGGGUUAUGCCAUAUGUACGCCCGUUCACCCACACUGGUAUUGAUUAUUUUGGGCCACUUCUGGUGAAGCAGGGACGCAGUAGUGUUAAAAGAUGGGUAGCGAUGUUUACCUGUCUCACCAUACGAGCGGUACACCUUGAGGUGGUGCAUUCUUUGACGAUCCAGUCCUGCAAGAUGGCUAUUCGCAGAUUUGUCGACAAGCGAGGAGCUCCCCAAAACUUCUUUAGCGACAAUGGAACCUUUACCAAUGCUGAAACAGAAUGGCAUUUUAACCCACCGUCAGCUCCACACAUGGGUGGUGUGUGGGAGAGAAAAGUUCGCUCCAUUAAAGAUGCACUCAAGGUUCUGGCGUGCCACGACAAGCUGGACGACGAAGGACUUCUAACACUGCUCGCCGAGGCCUCAAUGAUUUUUCCUGUUGAUGAGCUCUAG